CGGCAGCAGCAAGCAAGCAUGCUGGCGGUGGACGUCGCGUGCGCCGCGUUGCUGCUGGCGAUCAUCGCGGUGUCGCUGCUGUCCAACCUCCUGGUGCUGAUCUGCUUCGUGCACAACCCGGAGAUCCGCAAACAAGCCCCCGCUCUCUUCAUCCUCAACCUGACCUUCUGCAACCUGUUGCAGAGCGUCUCCAACAUGCCCCUCACCCUGGCGGGGCUCCUCACAUCGGGCCAACAGCAGCGCGGGGGCGGCGGAGGGGGUCUCUGCCAGACGGCGGGCUUCCUGGACACCUUCCUCACCACCAACUCCAUGCUGACCAUGGCGGCCCUCAGCAUCGACCGGUGGGUGGCGGUGGUCUUCCCGCUGAGCUACCACUCCAGGGUACGGCACCGGGACGCGGUGGCGGCGCUGGGCUACACCUGGGCGCACUCGCUGUGCUUCUCCGCCGCCGCCUCCGGCCGCUCCUGGGUGGGCUACCACCACCUGUACGCCUCGUGCACAGUGCGCUGCGCCAAGGCCAAGGGGGGCGGGCUGCACUUCGCGGUCUUCACGUUGGUUCUGCACGGUCUCAGCUUCCUGCUGGCCCUGGUGGCCAUGUGCGUGACCUACUUGAAAGUGCUCCGGGUGGCCAGGUUCCACUGCAAGCGCAUCGACGUGAUCACCAUGCAGACGCUGCUGCUGCUGGUGGACAUCCACCCCAGCGUCCGCCAGAAGUGCCUGGACGAGCAGAAGCAAAGGAGGCAGCGCUCCAGCAAGAAGAUCAGCACCUUCAUCGGCACCUUUGUGGUGUGCUUCACCCCGUACGUCAUCACCAGGUGA